GAGAGAGGGAGGGAGGCAGAUAGAUUAUGAACAGAUGUUCUGAUGCAAAUCAACUCAUCUAAACAUAAUAAAGAAGGCCUAGGGCAUUAGUUGUAUUCGCGUAAUGAGUUCUAAAAUAGAAUGAUGCGUUUCUAUUUGCUUUGUCAGGAGAAUUUGCUUAAUGUAUAAUGCAAAUAUAAUGCAAACACGCACCUGUGAGUACGUUUUAAUAUUAGAAUGCUGUACGCAUAAAACAUAAAUCAAGUUCGCGUCACAGAGUCGUGAUGGUCCAUUGCAAGGCUGUGAGCUGUGUCUUUAGUAACUUCAUAGAUGCACAAACGAUGCUUUACUUUUUGCUAGCCCUGCUGUCUUUUCCUGCCCAUGGUCUUCCGUCGAAUGACCCUGAACAUCUGGACUGCGUUCCAUUGCAGUAUACUCAGCCUGGGGAUUAUGUGAUUGGUGGAUUGUUCUCCCUGUGCACAACUCCGAUAACGGGACGCCAUGCAGGCGAGUGUAAAUGUGCGGUGGUCGACGAGAUGUCAUGCCAUCUUUUCCAAGUGAUGAGACUCGCUGUGAUGGAAAUCAACAGCUCCGGCCGCCUGCUUCCCAACGUGACUCUGGGGUACCAUGUCUUGGAUUGCACCUCCGAGGCGAUCUGCUUAAAGACAAUGUUGUACUUUGUUUCAACCAAGAAAGGGCUGCAAGUAAAUUCACAGUCCUUCUUGUACAACGAUCAAACCAACGUGAAGGCAGUGAUCGGCCCCAUGUUCAGCAGCAUAGCCUUGAGUUUGGGACCCAUUCUGAGUCCCUUUCUUAUGCCGCAGGUCAGUUAUGGAGCUACAAAUGAGAAAUUAAGCAACAAGUGGUCAUAUCCCUCCUUCUUUCGGACCAUUCCCAGCGACAAUUACCAAGUCAGGGCAAUGCUCAUGCUGCUAGCAAAGUUUCAGUGGAACUGGAUUGCACUCCUGACCAGCGAAGAGGACUAUGGGGAGGAUGGAGGACAGAGCUUGCUGGAGCUGGCCUCCCAGUUUGGGGUUUGUGUCGCGUACAAAGGAAAAUUGCCCACUGGCAGUAGCAAUUCGACCACAAGAAUAAAUGAAAUGAUCCAAAACAUCAUCCGAUCGAGGGUGAACGUUACAGUCCUAUUCUCUUUGUUUGCUCCUGCUGUCACAUUCUUCCAAAUGGCAGCGAAAGAGACCAAACUGAAAGACAAAGUGUGGAUUGCCAGCGAGCCCCUGGCGUACGAAGCGUUCCUGGAGCAGAACGCUGGCAAGCUUAUAAUACUCCCAGUCACGCAGCCGAAGCUCCCUGAAGAACUUGAAUCUGAAUUCAACAGGAGAGAGAACGCUAAGACGGACACACAGAAUGAGACGAAGGCAAUGCACGGCUGUGAGGAAUGUGUCUCGGUUAUAGAUAAGGGAGUCGAUGGACAGUAUGAAUUCAGUGUAUAUUCUGCUGUACACGCUGUAGCGCAUGCUCUGCACCAGCUACUGGGAUGUGACUCGGGAAAGUGCCGCAAGGACGCCUUUCAUCCCAAAGACUUGCUGGUGGAGCUUCAAAAGGUGAACUUUUCUCUUCUCAACCACUCUGUGUAUUUUGACAAGAACGGGAACCACCUUUCUGGUUAUGACAUCGUUGUGUGGGACUGGAAUGCUGGGAAGCUGUCUUCCACUAAGACUGGGUUUUACAGCCCUGCAUCGGAAACCUUUGAGGUCGAUGGAAGUUUGAUCAACUGGACGAAUAACAAGGUGCUGACCUCGGUGUGUUCGGAGGAAUGUCAGACAGGACAUAGGAGGAAGUGGGCUGCAUCGCAUCGCUGCUGCUUUACCUGUGAAGUCUGUCCAGAAGAAACUUUCCUCAAUACCAGUGAUCUCUAUGUCUGCCAACCUUGUCCGAACGGACACUGGUCAUCUAAAGGAAGUGCACUUUGCCAGCCCAGAACCCUGGUGUACCUCUUCUGGACGGACAGUGUGUCCAUCAUACUGCAGGUGGUGUCUCUCCUUUUCCUGGUUAUGGUUUCAGGCACCGCGGCUGUCUUUGUGACUAACUUGAAAACUCCAGUGGUACGGUCAGCAGGAGGCAAAAUCUCCUUACUCAUGUUGGCAUCGCUGGCAUUGUCUUGUUGUGGUGUCUUUUCUAAUGUUGGGAGGCCCACUGUUGCGACCUGCCAGCUUGCGAUUGUGUUUGCUUUGGGUUUCACAACCUGCCUUUCGUGCAUCACAGUGAGAUCGUUCCAGUUGCUGUGUAUUUUCAAACUGGCUGCAAAGCUGCCCAAUGCCUUUGAUUUUUGGGUUAAAGAACAGGGGCAGUACAUUCUUAUCUUCCUGUGCACCACCCCCCAGAUUGCUAUUUCCAUAUGCCUGCUGAUCAGAGGUUUACCUCCUGUUGAAAUCAUUAACAAGGACACUAUAAUGCCGAUAUGCAGUAUCUCAGGUCUGGUGCUGAAUCUGUCUUACAUUGGCCUGCUCAGCUUGUUCAGCUUCGUUUGUUCAUACAUGGGGAAAAAACUGCCAGAUAACUACAACGAGGCCAAGUGCACUGCAUUCAGUUUGUUCAUAUGUAUAACUUCAUGGAUUUCUUAUUUUACAUUGAUAUCUGUAUAUACAGGGAAUCCAGCUGCUUUUAAUGCAGCAGCUAUGUUGAUUACUUUAUUUGCAGUCUUUGGGAGUUACUUCAUCCCUAAAUGCCACGCUAUCCUUAUUAGACCAGAACUGAACACCACUACACACUUCCAGUCCUGCAUCCAGCUGUAUACAAUGCAGAACAAUACACAGUCCAAGCUCAACUGAUGAUCUGUUACUGAAGUGCCAGAUCGAACAAAAACAUUCCUGCAAAACUUACCUAAUACCAAUUGCUGUCAUUUCCUAGGUCUCACAUUGUAGAAGUUUAUCAGCUGUCCCUGUAGGGGUUGCUGAAGACCUUAGCA